UGAACUCCCGUUGGAUGAAUGAAUAUGGCGUCUGCUGCACGACUAGCGGCUAUUUCAGAGGCUGAUAUCGAUCCGGACGGCACGUUUAAAUAUGUUCUGAUACGAGUCCACAGUACAGAAGAAGGGGAUGAUUCAAGCGUAGACAUCGUGCGUGGCUAUGCUUUUGCAGAGUAUCAUGCUGACAUCUACGAUCGGGUGGCAGAAGAGCUGGAGAAAGGCGGAGGCCUGGACUGCGAGUGUAUAGGAGGGGGAAGGAUUAAACAUGACAGCAGUGGCAAGAAGAUCCAUGUUUAUGGCUACUCCAUGGGAUUUGGGAGAGCCAAUCACUCUGUUUCCACAGAGAAACUGAAGGCCCGCUACCCUGACUAUGAAGUGACAUGGGAUAAUGAAGGCUACUAACAUUUCAUACUGGAAUGGGUGAAAAGGAGAUAUUCUCUACCGAUAAAAGGGGGAUGGUCCUGAGGAAUGUGCUGUACAGUUGGACUUGACUGGGGAGGCCUGAUAUUUUUAUCGAUGCUAAGAUCAACAACAAAGUCCUAUUUCUUUCGUCACUUGUCAUGCAGAUGCAAAUUAAUGUAUAAUUUCAACUGACUCUUACGAAAUGUGGUGCUGCACAGAGAAGUAUUGAAUACCAAUAAUGAAUAAUAGCCAAUUACUCACACUCGCUUCCAAUUCCGGUUCUCAAUAAUUUAAAUUAUGCCCCUCACAAAUGUAUACUGUAUGAUUGUUUACACUUACUGCAGUGUGCCAUACUUAUAAACCAAUUCCAGGAGCGAUAGAAAAAUCUAAGCAUGGAUACAGCAAAAAGAGAAAAAUAAAAGCUGUAUAAAGCACAUUUCUUAAAAGAAAAAAAAAGAAAAAAGAAAAACAACUCCAAACCAUAUUUUUUCUGUGUGGUAUGGGGGAAAUAAUAAAAAGUUUUCUAAUAUUUUCAAUCAUCUGUGAAGUUUGAGAACCAUUCCCACUUCUGUUUUUUCGGUUGCAGUUGUGGCCUUUACAGGAAAUGUAACCAUUUAGACCAGUGGUCUCCAACCCAGGUCCUGGAGAGCUACUGGGUCUGUUGUUUUUUUGUUUUUUUGCCUCAAAACCAGCACCCUGUUGAGACCCAGGUAAGCUCACUGUGUAAUCAAGUGCUCUAAUUUAUUAAUUAAGUGCAGAGUAAUAACAAAACCAGCAGACCCUGUAGGCCUCCAGGUUCAGGGUUGGAGAACCAUUAUUAUUUUAGACCAUUCGUGACAAGCACCAGGUCUACAGAGAUUAUGCAGUGCCCACUGGUGGUUAGCUGUGGUAACACAGAGAAAUGUCAUAACGGAUUGUAUUUGUGAAAGAUUGCAUGUUGUGUAUAUGCGGAAGCAUUUAAGGGUAGGUACCCAUGACCACUGUUGUGGUGAAUUACAUGAGUUAUGG